UGACUUGUGGACUUAUGAAAUUAAUAUUAUUAUAUUUAAAAAUUAUAAAGCUAGAUUAAACGAAUUAUGUAAAUUAUCAUUCGUAUAAUAACAUGACUUAGAUAUCUGUAAAUUGAUAAUAUUUAAAAAUCUUUUUUUCUUUUUGAAAAUAUUUUUAUUUUAAAAUGUCUUCUCAACCUAAUACUUUAUUUCAAAAAUUAUAUAACCGCCAGAUCUAUGGAACCUUUAAGUAUAAAUUUAACCCUCAAAAUAAAGCAAAAUAUCUAUUUAAAGAUAGUCCCGACUAUUGUAAAUUUUUCUUGCCAGAUAUAAUUGAAGAUAUAUCUGAUCAUGUAUUUAUGGGAUUGACACGCUGUGGCCAAUUUUUGUUAACUUAUACUAUAGCUGAUACAGAAAAUAUGGUACUUGUAGAUGGCCCUCUUAUUUCUUCAUUAAAUAUGAAGUACAAGCUACACUUUUGGGCAUUUAGACCAGGUCGUUCAGCAUAUAGAGUAUCUGAAAUUGUACUAUUUGAAAACACAGAAUUUGGUGAUUUUUUAAAUAUACAUAUUGUUCAAUGGCCUAAUCGAUCUGACAAAGUUGUAGUAUUUGGUGAGAGUGUUAUUUCUGAAGAAGAUGAAUGUGAUAUGCAUAAAAUUUAUGUCACAAUUGCAACAUUACCAUCUCUUAGUAAUUGUAAUGAGUGUCGUUCUGUAGCAUAUGCCCACAGAUAUGAAGACUUAUCAAAAUAUUACCUUGGAAAUACAUGUCUGGUUCAUGGUCUUACAGUACACACAUCUUUCACAGUAUCACAUCCAUAUCCACUUUUAGAACCAUCUAUUUCAUUAAAAUAUGAUAAUUUUAUAGUACUUAACACAUGCAAUUUUAUUCAUGUUUUAAGUGUGGACUUAAUUUUGGAAAAAUGUUUAGAUAAUGAUCAAUCAGAUAAUGUAACUGUUCCUCUCUUUCAUAAGCUCAAUCAAGAUUUGUCAGAAUUUGGUUAUAAUAUGGCUGUUAAAAAUGAUUCUCAAGAAAGAGGUGUAAAGAGAAGACAUUUUGAUACUAGAUGUUUUUUUGAUAAAGAACAAGACAAAGCUAUAACAGCUAUAAGCCCUUUACCAAGCUACAAUAACCAUCGUCUUUUAAGAUUGAAGGAUGCUGAAAAAAUUUAUGACUUUGAUGAGAACGAUGAUAGUUGUACUCUAAAGUUUAAAUGGUUUAGAAGGCGAAGAAUUGCUGACAAAAUGUAUGAAUUUUGUUCAGAAGAAGAAGAUAUGGAAAAUGUUCACCCAUCAUCAAAAAAAAAUUUUUUAACUCAUCAUCGUGAGACGCCUGGACCAUCAGCUGUGGAUCAAUCACCAUUGUACAUCCAGACUGAUUAUGAAGAUGAUAGAUUAAAUGACUGUGAUAGAAAAAUGUUUUUUGCUCAAGAAUUGAAUGCAAUUAUUGCUGAUUGGGAUUGCUUAUCAUCACCACGUUCAGUUACCUCCGAAGACAGAGAUCUCAAAAGCCCAGAAUGUUCUAGUAGAAAAUUAACUAAUAUUUUAAAACCUAGAAAUAAAACGCCUUUAUCAAAAAACUCAAAAAGCCCAUGUGAUAAAAAAAUCAGUCGUAUGCUUGUUACUGAUAGUAUUCAUGGUAACCAAUCAAACAAUUCUCUACGGUCUUUAUCUUUACCAGGAUGUGCUGUUAAACUAGAAAGACAGUAUAUUGAAGUUGAUGAAGAAAUUGUGUCCGUUAGCACAGAUUUAGAUGAAGAGGAUGGUAUAACAGGGUCAUUAUGUGCAUUACCUCUAUCUGUUCAUGGAUCUGGUUGUGCGCAAAUGCAAAUGGUCAACUCUAGCAAAAUUAAUAAACAGGAAAAAAAUAUAUGCGUUAUCAAACAAGCAAGUCUAGAUUUUGAACAUGUCAGCUACAAAGUUGCUGAGAUCAUUUGUAACCUUGAAGGUCAUAAGUUUUGGUGCUAUAAUGAUUAUGACUGUGCUAUAAUUGAUGUUUGUCCUUUAAAUGGUGAUAUAUUGAUUGCACUUUGUAUAAGACUGAAUACAGAAGAAGACAAAAAACCUAUACCAUUAUGCCAAUCAGAAUGUAGCAGAGGUUUUGAAACAAAAUGUGUAGUACUUUGGAAUCCUCAACAUGAUACAUGUUUCCUUGAAGCAUACUGGCAGUUAGAAAUAAUAACUAAUGAUCCAAAUUGUUCCAGUUGGAAUCCAGCACGGCAUGAAGCUAAUAUACUCCGACAAACACCUUUAGGGUUUUUUAAUGUUCCAACAGCAAAAGAAGUACGAUGUUUAUCCCAUGAAGUGUGGUCACGACAAGUAGGAAAUAUUAAUCCAUCAUUGCUAGAAAUUAGAGAUGAUGAAAAUUUAAUUACAAUUUUAAGGAAUCGAACCGUAAUAACAGAUGAUAGUAAUGUAAUGGUUUUUAGUCGACAUAGAUUGCCAAUUUAGUCAUUUUACUUUACAGUAAAUUUAGUGUUUGAUAACACUUCUUUGGUGUGUGAUAUAUUCUUAAACUAUUUUUUAUGACGAACUGAAUUAAGUAUUAAUUUACAGUUAUUCUAUACAAAUUUAUUUAAAAAAUAAUUAAAAUAAUAGAAAUAAUUUUUUUGCUGUACUCAUACUUUUGCAUACAAUUUCUUAAAGUAAUGAAUCAUCAUUAUUAUGUAGUUUUCUUUUCAAAUUAUUUAAGUUAAUAUUAUCUUAUUUCAUAAGUUUUAUCUUGUCUUGAAGUGUUAAAUUUAGAGUUAAAUAUAAUUGUGUUUCAUGAGUAUUUAAAACUUAUUCAAAAGAGU